GAACGCCCGAUGCACACUGAUGGCACCAGGAAUUGGUUUCGAUAAACAUUUAGGAUGGGCCAUAUCAUGAAACUGAUUAGGAUCCCGAGGGGGGGCGUGGCAGGCAUUCGCGUUUUAGUAACUCCUAUGAUUCAUUUACAUUCAAUCAGACAAGCCUCGAAACUCUUCAUUGCUGCAACCGAGUCGGGAAAUCGAUCCAAGCCAUUUGCUUCCGGAGAGACGACAUUCUCACGCCCUUAAUUAUCUCUCGAACACUCACUCUCAUCAUGGCAGCCCCAUACAAGGAAGCUUGGAUUACAGGCUCGCAUGAUAAUUCCCCUUUCUACACUAGAACAUAUGACCUACCUGAUGCUCAGGUUAGACCUAAGGCUCAUCUAAUAUUCAUCCAUGGAUUCAUCGAACACAUUGGGCGGUACUCCUCGAUCUUCCCUAGCUGGGUUGAACGUGGCAUCACUGUCUUCGCCUUCGACCAACGGGGUUUUGGGUUAACUGCUACGGACAAGGAUAACAAAAGCACUAAAGCUAGCUACAGUAAGACAAGUUGGAAGGACCAGAUGGAAGAUAUAUCCUUCUUCAUCCUUAGAGAGCGAGAGAGGCUUGGGCCUAGUAUUCCGUUCUUCCUCAUGGGUCACUCCAUGGGAGGCGGUGAGGUGUUAGGUUUCGUUUGCGCUCCACCAGUGCAUGUGAAGGCUCUCGGAGAACUGAAAGGGAUUAUUGCAUCGGCACCUAUGCUUCGUGAAACGAAACCUUCCCCGGUAUGGCAGGUCUUCCUUGGCGGUCAACUCGCCAAACUACUUCCUCACAAGGAGGUGCCUGUUCCAUUAAACUCAGCAGAUUUGAGUCAUGACCCCGUAGUCGUUGAGAAAUAUGAUAAUGACCCCCUUGUUCGCAAGUUCGGCACGCUGAAGGGAGUCACAGACAUGCUCAAUCAGAAGGGAGCUGCCCUUGUGGACAAGCACUAUGUGAACUGGCCAGAACGUUUGCCUCUUCUGAUACUGCAUGGCGACGCUGACGGGAGCACUUCCCCAAGGGCAUCUAAGGAAUUCUUUGACAAACUUAAAGCGAAAGUCAAGCAUUAUUCCUCCUAUCCGGGGGCGUAUCAUGAGAUACACAAUGAACCUGGCGGUGUCUCGGACAAAUCCAUCAACGAAUGCAUUUCGUGGGUUGAAGUCCAGACCUCAAAUUCACAGGAACAACAAAAGCUUUAAAAGGGCGUUGGGGUUCUUGCGGGAAAUAAUUGUAUGAAGCUAUGCUUCUUAAAGAGUGUAAUUGCACCUCCAUCUGCACCCAAUAGAUCAUUUGUAGUCUGUAUCUACAUAUCUCCUACUGAGGCUAGACCAGUGUUUGCGGGUCAGGAGAGCCACCGACCGUGGGAAUACUACACUUUCGCCACGGCUACAAUCAACACUUAACCAUAAAACCAUGACCGACGAUUUCCUGGCCCG